AUGCAAAUGAAGCUUGCUGGAAACUACAACUGGACCGUCACGGACACAUUCCAUGCCCAGACUUUCUGUCCCCACGAGACUAUCAGUCUCGGCCACAGCGACUUCUGUAACCUGUUCACCUAUGAAGACUGGGAGAAUUACGAGUAUCUCCAGGACACCGAAUUCGCCGGUUACUCUGGCCUCCUCAGUCCAACCGGCCGAGCCCAGGGUAUUGCGUGGGUGGAAGAGUUCCUGGCUCGUGUUGAGGGGCACUACGUAGACGUACCGGCGAACAUGACAGGUGCCAACAUGACCUUGGAUACGAACCCGGUCACUUUCCAUCUUGACCAAAAGCUGUACCUCAAGUUCACCCACGACGCGAACAUCAUCUCGGUCCUGACGGUAUUUGGCCUGACCCAAUUUUCCGGCUUCCUGCCUGCCACUGGCCCCCCGGCAGAUCAAAAGUUCCAUACCAGCAGACUGGUGCCUUUUGCUGGGCGACUCAAUAUCGAGAUUAUCAAGGCGCCGCAUAAGGUCUCUGUGAAGCGCUCCUCUAAGGCUACCAAGGGUGGUGAUUAUAUCGCCGGUACCGGUGAAACGCGAUAUGUUCACUUCGUCCAGAACCAACACACGGUUCCUCUGCAUGCUAGAUUUGACGCUUGCGAGUAUCGUGGAGAUGGCUGGUGUGAGUUAUCGACAUUCUUGAAGGUGCAAAAGGAAAGUCUGGCCAAGGCUGAGUACCAGUAUGCCUGCUUUGGUAACUGGACCGUGAAGAACUGGGGCACAGUGCGGGACGGCGUUCCUGCUUAG